CAUCUUCCUCAGAGCCUCCUCUGUAGUUUCCUUUAUUUAUAACACUGUUUCCCUUUUCUCUCACAUUUUUUUUCAUUCAAAAUGGAAUCCUCAAUUGUGGUUGUUUGGUAUCUAUCUCUAUUUCUAGCCAUGAACACGGUUCUCCCUACAUUGGCAAAAGUAUACACCGUUGGAGAGUCCAUAGGUUGGGCAAUCGGAGCUGAUUAUAGUACUUGGGCUAGUGACAAGACCUUUCAUGUUGGUGAUAAACUUGUUUUCAACUAUGGAGCUGGGCACACAGUAGACGAAGUUAAAGAAAAUGACUACAAAAGCUGCACAACAGGCAAUUCACUUACUUCAGACAGCAGUGGUGCCACCACAAUUAUUCUCAAGACUGCCGGCACACAUUACUUCAUAUGCGCUGCGCCGGCGCACUGCAUGGGCGGCAUGCAACUUGCUGUCACGGUGAAGGCAGCUAAAAAGGCUGCCUCUCCGACACCGGCUCCAGCCCCAGUGCCAUCAAAGGCAAAGGAUUCAUCUUCUGAUACCAAAGGCACACCUAAGGCAUCUACCACCCCCGCAACUGCUCCAACAAGAAGCACAACCAGCACACCAACCAAAUCCGGCAGUUCAAAAGGGGAUAUUUCAAUGGCUCCUAGUUUAUUCUCACCGACUUUUGCGCUAGUGUUGAUUGUUUCCUGGAUCUCCUACUAUGUUAUGCUGCCUAUGGUAUGAGUUUGAUUAUAGGAUUGGACGAUUGGUCAGGAUUGAGGCAAUUGGUUUCUUGUUCGUUUUCUUUGUUCUUUUAAAUUUGUUUUCCACUUUUGUUCAAACUCAGAUUUUGAUGUGAUUACUGAUCAAUAUGUACCCUUGUA